AUGGGCAAAUCUCGCGGAGCUUCCGAGAACUCAAAAAAAGCACAAGGUAACGCACGAAAAGCUGCGGCCGCAGAUAAGAAGCGUCAGGAUGAGGCAGACCGUGAAGAAGCCUCUGAGGCUGCCGACUGGGAUCGCGGAUCGAAAAAGGGAAAUGCAAAGAAGGAAGCUGAAACUGAGAAAAAGGCUGAAGCUGCUCGCAAAAAGGCAGAACGUGAUGCUGCUUUAGCUGCUGAGGAAGCCGCGCUGCCUUCCAAACCUACAAACCGCGCUAAGCGUGGUGCCGAAAAAAUCGCAGAACGACGGACCCGUGGACUUGACAGUUUCCUAGCCGCUGAAGAUGCUAAAGAAUCUACCCUUCACGCGUCUGGCAUUGAUGAUGCCCUUGCUGCCCUUGAACUUACAGGAUCAAAAGCUUCUGGAAAUAAGGCUGAUGUCGAACGACACCCAGAGAGAAGAUAUAAGGCUGCACAUGCUGCAUAUGAGGAACAACGCCUCCCCGAACUUAAGCUGGAACACCCAGGUCUUCGCAUGCAACAAUACAAGGAGCUUAUCCAUAAGGAGUUUGAAAAGAGUCCAGAAAAUCCCUUUAACCAAGUCUCAGUUUCUUACAAUGCUUCUCGCAGUGAUGUCCAUGCUAAACAGACACAGGUUCGUGCUGCUGCUGAGCGCAGACUUGCUGAGCGUUAA